UUAUAUUUAUAUAUAUAUUUUUUUACUUUGCAUUUUUUUUUUCUAAUUUAAAUUCUUUAUUUUAUAAAAAAAAAUGAUACCAAAUCAAAUAAUCGAGUUAAAAGAACACCAAGAGACACUUAGAAUACCAAAAGGAAAAUCAGGAUAUAUAUUUGGACCAGAUUCUUCAAAUUUAAAUCGAAUAAGGGAAACUUCAGGAGCAGAUGUUAUAAUUACCGGUAAAAGAAAUCAAUCAUGUCAAGCAAUAAUUACUGGUACCAAAGAACAACGUUCAAAAGCCGUUGUUUUAUUACAAGAAUCGUUAGGUCGUUCGAAUUCUUAUUCACCAAUUAUAGGAUUCACUUUAUUGGAUAUUAUUCCAAAAUUAUUAUUACCCAUGUUAUCAUUUAAGAAAGUUCCUAGUGAAGAUGGUUGUAAGAGUAGUGUCUUUCCCAAUGAUAUAACUCAUUGUAAAUAUACUCUUGAAAUAAAUCCUUCACCACCAAAUUAUUCAUCAUUUUUAUCAUUACGACGUUCUUCUCCUACUCUCCACAAAUAUAAUAAUAAUAAUAAUGAUUUAUCAUUUAAUAAUCUAUCAGGAAAGAUUUAUAGUUUUAAUACUAUAUUACAAUUAGAUGAUUGUUUGGCUAAAAUUGUUGACCAAAUUAGUAAUAAAAAUUUAUCUCAUCCAUCUCGGAACCGUUACGGUAACUUUCAUCAUCAUCAACAACAAAAAAUUAUAAUGGACAAUUCUGAUAAUGAAUUUCGUUUAAAAAUCAAUUUUGGUAGAGAAUUAUUUACAAAAAUUAGUAAAACUAAUUUAAAUUUAUCAGAAUGGAAUAAUUUAAAAAGGGGUUAUAAUGGAAUUACUACCGCUUUUCGUCAUGAUAUUAGUUUUUUUGAUGAUGAGAAAAUUCAAAAAUUAAAAAAUACUUUUGGAUUUAAAGAAAUUAACAAUUUUGAAAAUAAGGUUGAUGAUAGAGAGGAAUGUUUUAUUACUGUAUUAUAUAAAGAAAAGGAAAAGAAAAAUAAAUUUAAAUUACAAUGGGACGCGAAUGAAGGACGUUGGAAAAUAAUAAAAUCAACUAAAAAUAUAAGUCGUCAAGCCAUAAUAGACAUUGUAUCCGGUAGAAGUAAAUCACCAGAUUUACGUUUCUUAUUAAAAUCACAAAAACGUUCAUCCCCUAUUAGCGAAAAAAAUCAUAAUAUAAUUUAUAAUAUACAAAAAUCUGAUGAUUUUUUAAAAAGAAAUGAGAAUAAAUAUGAUGAUAGCGAACUGAUGUAUUUCAGUCAAAAAGAUUUCAAUGGAAAAUUUAAAUGUACAAGCGUUAGACAAUCUAUCAUCAAAAAACAACUAACUAAUGAUAAAUAUCAAAUGAAUUUCAUUUCCACUUUACAAGAUGAAGAUGGUAGAAUAACUUUGGAAGAUACCGUUAAUUUGAUCAAUCUUUCUUGGAUUUCAUCUCCUUCUCCCAACAGUUGUGAAUCAAUCACGACUAUGGAUCCUAAAAAUCCAAAAUUCAACGAAUCAAUUAUUGAUACAAUUGAUUAUGCAAGGAACAUUUCUAGGGCAAUUGGUGAUUGAUAAAAGAAUGCAUCAUGAGCCGCAGCACGUUGUGGAAAUUUUCUUUUAUUAUUAUGAUUAUUUUGUACAUAAUUAAUUAUAACUUUUUAUUACUUAAUAAGUAAAUUAUAUUUGUUAUUUGUUUAACCCGAGG